AUUACUAUUACUACAACCACCACCACCACCACCACUCUUCCACUAUUAGAUUCAUGUCUUCCUGUUAUUCUCACUACAAUAUUCUGGUAACCGUACUUGUUGUGAGACCUACCAACAUCCUGCCCACCACCACCAAUUGCUCCUGUUACCACUAUUCUUCUUGACUGUGUGGCACUAUCAACACAACCGCCGGGUCUCCUCCUCCUCCUCCUCCUCCUCCUCCUUUUGUCCCCCUUCCGAACUCGUGACGCAGGUAGAUUACGUUGCGUCACUCACUAAGCAGGUGUUGGCGUCUGUCAUUGGGACUUUGUGUUUGUGGGUUUAUUAUCCUGUUCAUGAAGUGCCUAGGAUCGUCACCAGCACCACCAGCGUCACUACUACUACUACUACUACUACUACUACUACUGCUGCUGCUGCUGCUGCUGCUGCUGCUGCUGCUGCUGCUGCUAGUGUUACGACUACUGUUUGUGCUGUUACAUUCGUAUUGUAAAUGUGACACACCUCGCCACCACGUCACUACCGACACUAGUGUGAACAAAAGAGGAAAGGAAAGGCACGACUAACAUCACCACCACCGACACCAACACCACUAGGGGCAUCAGUCCUUAGCCACCACCACCACCAUUACCAUCACCACUACCACCACCUGAAAAUGAACACAAGAGGACCUAACAUUCACGUCGUGGUUUUGAUUGUGGUUAUUGCAAGAAGUAUUACCACUGCUACUACAACAACUACCACCACUGCUACCACUACUACUACUAAUGGCAGAGUCGUAAGGUUAGAAGAUAUAUUUCCCACGUCUGCACCCUCGCCGCCAAUUUUGCUAUGCUCUGAAGAAGGCACUGGAGAGGCGUGUUUCAUCCCUGCGCCUCGGCCGAUGGAUUGGAGAUCAGCGCAUCACUUCUGCAGGAGCGAGGGCGGGUUCUUACUGGGUCCAGACGAGCUGACCCUGCCUGAAGUGAUCCAGCUGACCCCCGGAAACCUGACCUGGACGGCGCUCAGGUCACAUCAAGGGCGACUGCAGUGGUUCACGAGACGACCUGCCAUUGGUCAGUUCCUCCGUUGGAUUGAAGGAAAAGAGGAAGGGCGGGAAGAGUGUGCCUCCCUCCACCUUCCCUCCACUCUCCUCCAUCCCUCCCCCUGCUCCUCUCUCCUUCCUACCCUCUGCCUCAGGCCCGGGAAUGUUGAGGAAAUACAAACGAAUGGAGGGGUGGAGCUUCGGGUGGAGGUGGAUGGGGGUGGCGCGGCAGUGGAGGCAAGGGAAGGGUGGGUGAGGGUGAGGGAGGAGGAAUUUCAUCUCAUCUCCCUCACCUGCACUGCCCACCUGACUCCAGAUGAUGACCCGACCUCCCAACAGCCUCAGGUCUUCUGGAGCAAGGAUGAUGUAUACCUUCCCCUGCACUCUCCCACCCUCCUCCCUGCCACUGUGCACGACCCCACUAAGUCACAUGUGAGCUCCGCCAACACCUCGCAGCUCCUCCUGCAGGGUACCUACUGGUGUGAGGCGUGGCGACCCCGCUCGCCCGCCCGUCGCGUCAGUAACAAAGUGCUGCUUACACUGGAGGGACACGAAGUGCUACUGCUGCAUUUCAAGGAGCGUCGGCCCUGGCGAGACCCGCCGCCCACCAUGAUAACAGUAGAAGGCAGGGUGCGCCGCGCACUCAACGCCUCGUUGCCGCACUUCGAAGACUUCCCCAUCGAUGUAGUGUCCAUCGUGGAGGAGGACGAUGUUGCCGUUGUGUCCGCCAGAGUCCAGGUUCAUCUUCCCUCGUCUAGCACCGCCUUCAGUAGUGUGCUGGCCAUGCUGCGAGGCGGAAGAGAAUUUGAAAACUUGUUGGAGAGGGCGGGUUUGCUAAUCCCCGCGGCGGCCUUUCCUACUCGCUGCAGGAGAUGGACAGAAGAGCCUUUCGGGAUCGAGUGGCCGUUCUCGGAGGUCGGAAAAGUGCAGCCACUCCACUACCGUUGCGAGGCUACACGCGGCAGGUUGCUGGCUGGACGCUGCCACUGGAACUAUACCCACGGUGCCACGAUCCGCUUCGAUCCCCGCGAAUGCCAGCGUUUCGAUUUCUGCCCGAGAGGCUAUACCGGACUCGCCGGCACCUUCUGUGUGUCGCUGACUGCCGCCAGCACGUGGGACGAGGGUUUCCUUGCAGCGUAUACCAGCAGGCAUGCCAUGAGUGUCCUUGACGUGGCGCGUCUGCAUCAGGCUGAGGUGGGCAUGCCGUCCCUGUAUCAGAAGGUUCGGCAGUGGCUGUCGAGGCAGGGAGGAGACAUCCGACUGUGGCUACCUGCUCAAAGACAAGCGCCUUUCGGUCCUAUGGCGUUCUUGGGUCCCGGAGCAUCAGAGUAUCCCAUCGCACGCCACUCAGGGUCGUCCCGCUUCAAUGUGUCGUGGGCAGCAGGGCAGCCGUCCCCUAAGCAUAACUGUCUGGCGUUAGACACGAACUCUUCCCUCUUGCUGAGUCUUCCGUGCAGCACAGCAUUGUCUUUCCUCACCAUCAUCGACAUGAGUGGACUGUUCGCUGUUCCAAGCCAAGACUGGCAAAGGGCCACGCCUAAUCUCUUCAUCAAUAACUCGCUGUGUGAUGGCUGGCAGACAAGUGGUACCCUGGAGGCCGGGGGUCUUGCUUCCAGGUACUCCGCAGAGAGCCGGGUCUCGGAUGGCAUGAGGCCGGGAGAAUUGUGUGCGGAACGAGACGCACACCUUCCUGAUCCCAGCGAUGGUUUCCUGGACUGGCCUCUGAGGCAGUACUUGUACACCCACAACAUUACGUCGGUUUGGAUCAGACUGACGGAAACGAAAACGAGAAGAGUCUCCUUCCUAAACUGGAGAGCAGAUGUCGACCCAUCACUGGACCAUGAGAUGCUGACUCCCUCGGGCUGGGUGCGUGAGGGUGACGACGCCACGAAGACGGUCAUCCUUUGUCAGAAAAGCGUUAAAGCGCCCGAGGUGACCCUGCAGCUGUUCGAGGAGUUGGGCGCCGUCCGAGUGGAGGUGCAGCCCGCAGACGCUCCGAUUGUUGGCGACCCGAGAUGCCACGUGAAUGGCCGCGAGGCGUCGCUCGUAUACAAGCGUUAUAGAAACCAGGACACCGUCAUGGCGGUGGACAGAGACACCCAAGGUUAUUAUAAGUGUUCUGUGUGGGUAGAUUCACCUUUCCGCCUCGUUGAGUCCAACGUGCUGUUGUACACACACAGUAACAUACUCAGCCUCUCGGUCACCAUUGCUCGCCUAAUUCAGUACAGGCCGGCCCUGCAUGACUCCACUUUCUAUGUCAAGAGUCAGUUACUCAAUGAUCCUUGCGUGGCUGACUUCCUGGAGCAGUUGCGGGAAGGCCUCGCCCACGCUCCCGUGCACGUAACAGCAGACAACUUUUACCUUUCUCCCAAAGCUCAGAGUAACGACUUGCUCCUCCAUUUUCACGUGCAGUUCGAGACUUCAGGAGGACACCUGCAGCUAACGGAAGACGAAAUGAGAGGAAGAGUCACUGCGGCGUUGAAACACCUUUCCCACAAGUCGUGUCGCGGCGUGGGCGUAAGAAGCACCACAGGGUGUUACCGGGAGACACAGCUGGAGCAGGGUCCCACUAAUGCGACCUUAACAUGGCCGGCGACACAAGGAGCCACGGUGGUGCUGCCCGCAGAGCUGUGCGUCACAGAGGAUGGCGAUCCCGUCACUCGCGAGUGUGUGGGGGACUUCAUCUCCGGGUAUCGUUGGAGUGACAGAUCUGGAGAAUGCACGGACCAUCCCCUCAACGUGACCCGCAAGUUGUGGGAAAUCAAUCAAGACGCUCAGCCUUCUGAUGCCGCGGACCUCGCAGUGCUCACUAACCACGGAGAUUCCCUCACCUCCGCCGACGUGCAUUUUGUCGCUCAGAAAAUGCAUUCACUGUCCCGCACUUCCUUUGUGGAACGUGGGGAUCUCGAUCACAUCGUGGAAACACUGAACAACGUAAUGGAGGCAGACGAAAGUGUGUUUGGGGAAGUGCAGAGAGUCCUUAACACGUCCAGCAUUUUGGUUGAGUCCCUGGAAAAUAUCAGCCUGAGUGUGAAGCUGCCCCUCCGCCUGGGCGACCAACCACUGCGGAGCGAUAAGAGGUUGGUGUCCGUGGAAAGGCUCGAUCUGGUGGCAGAGUCACCUAUUAUCGGCUACCAAGCUUAUGCCAAAGACGAGAAGGAGGAGGAAGGCAUGCUCUGGAACGAGGAAGAGGAGGAGGUAGUCAGAAAAGGAAGCGAGAACAUAUGGAAGCGCAGUAAAGUCGCUAUUAUCUUGCCAAGCAACCUGACGCGGCAGGUGGCGGAGGAGACAGCCCAGGAAAGGCGCUCCAUGGGCAAUGACAAGCGAGGUGAUAAAGUGCAACUAAUGUUUGCUGUGUAUCGGAAUUCGAAACUUUUCCAAGACAACAGUUCUUUCCCCAACCACACAGUGAGCGGUCAUAUCAUUCAGGCCACGUACGGCGGCGGCAGCUUAACAAACCUCACACACAAUGUCAGCAUCUACUUCAAGGUGCGCGGCGCAGAGAGUGAUUCCAAAUGCGUCUUUUGGAAUUUUGGAAUGAACGAGGGGCGUGGCGGCUGGUCGACGGAAGGCUGUUGGAGCGGCGGGAGGCACGGGGACCACUGGCUGUGUAAAUGCAGUCACCUCACGUGCUUCGCACAUCUCGUUAAUUUCGACGAGAACAUGGGAGUGCACGAGAGCAUCUUGACUGUUAUCAGCACGAUCGGCUGCGUGCUCUCCAUCGUCAGUCUCCUGCUGGUGUUGAUGACUUUCUUAGUCUUCCAGAAAUGGCGUCGUCGCCUUAGCAACAAGAUCCUGGCUAACCUGGCCCUGGCCAUCCUGUGCAGCCUCACUGUGUUCCUGACCGGCGUUGAGCAGACUCUGUAUCCACUGUUGUGCCGCGGCGUGGCUGUCGCCCUGCACUACUUCAUCUUGGCCUCCUUCGGCUGGAUGCUGGUGGAGGCAGUGCACCAGUACCUCAAGUUCGUGAAGGUGGUGGGCACGUAUAUCCCGAGGUUCAUCUGGAAGGCAUCCGUGUGUGCGUGGGGCGUGCCCUUCGUGCCUAUCAUCGCCGUGCUGGUGUAUGACAGCGCCCUAUAUGACAGUGAUCGUGAAGACAAAAUCUGCUGGAUGUCGAGCACGGCUUUUAAGUACGCCUUCGUGCCGCCUCUGGCUGCCACCAUGGCCGUCAAUCUGGUGCUCUUCGUGCUCAUCAUCCACGCCGUGACGUGUGGCCGUGUUCGCGUCACCAGCACCUUAUCUGAGCGGCAGCUGCGCCUCACACAGCUGCGAAUGGCCAUCAGCGUGUUCUUCCUGCUGGGCUUCACAUGGGUCUUCGGGCUGCUCUCCACCUGGCGCCCCAGCGUGGUACUCUCCUAUCUCUUCUGCAUCAGCAACACCUUGCAAGGGUUUUUUAUUUUCCUGUUCCACGUGUUCCGGGAGCGUGACGCGCGCAGGCUGUGGCGGGACUUCCUGUCAGUGAUAAGCAAGGGUUCCACCGCCUCGGAGGCCGCACCAUCGCUGCCCACGCCAAGAUAUUCCGGUCAGCCGUCCCCCGCCCUCGACAACAGUAACAGCGUGAGUUACAACCAGCAGGGCGAGGUGUGCUUCAACCCGCGCGGCCCCGCAUGGGACAAGGCUCGCGGCAGUGUACGGUCCACCUUCACUGUGUCCACACUUGCCCACUCCCGCGCCUCCACGCCCUCGGUGGACUGAUGUUACUCUGGGAAGGCGACGGCGGAGACGUGGCAUUCAUGGAAUUAGUCAUCGUCACCAUUUUCAUCAUCAUCAUCAUCAUCAUCAUCAUCAUCAUCAUCGUAUUUAUACAAGUUUUCUAUUUCCUCCAUACAUCACACCAAAGGUGAAUUCAAAAGACGGCGUUGCAGUGACAUAUCUUUUAUUGUUACCGCCAGUACAUCGCGUGUGUUUGGUGAGGGCGGGGUCGAGGGACCUCUCCCCACCUCGCCUGCUGCCCGCCUGCCCGCCUCGUGUACAUAGAAGUGUAAAAUAAAUACUUUGACUUGGAAAAAGAAAGAGAGAAAGAAAGAAGAAA